ACUACCCAGUGAAGAGUGGUGUAGUUCAAUGAGUUGCCAAGGCCAAGCGUUAGAAGCCUACGUAGGUUAAUUUUUAAUGUUGUGAUUUUCGACGUUUUCACCAGGAUUUAUGCUUAUGCUGACUUACAAUUCACUCGAUUAAUAGGAAGUAAACAUGGCGCAGAGGUUUCCUGUUCCGAACACGGGAAGCAAUGGCCCACCACCACAAAGGUAUCCUCCACCAUCUGUGCCGCCGAAUUUGCGUCAGUAUUCUGGACCCAAUUUUCCGAUGCAGCAGAGAACAGGUUUCACGCCACCUCCUCAAAUGGGAACUGCAGGACCUGGACCAGGAGGCAUAAUGAGACCAAGUCAACCCUAUGCGGGAAUGCGGCAGCCUCCCAUGCCAACUCCGCCAGGUGGAAAAAGAAAUGCAGAUCAACGCAUUCCCAUGCCCCAACAAAAACCGUAUUUUUGGAACAGUGAUUUUUCACAUUCCACAUCCAAGAAGAAGAAAAAACUCGCGGAUAAGAUCCUGCCGCAAAAAGUGCGCGACUUGGUACCAGAGUCGCAAGCGUACAUGGAUCUUCUCGCAUUUGAGCGAAAACUCGAUGCGACAAUAAUGAGAAAACGCCUGGAUAUACAGGAGGCUCUGAAACGUCCCAUGAAGCAGAAAAGAAAGCUACGAAUAUUUAUUUCGAACACUUUCUAUCCAGCGAAGGAACCUGGAGAAGGUGAAGAAGGCUGUGUGGCUUCUUGGGAGCUGAGAGUGGAAGGAAGACUUUUAGAUGAUACUAAGAAUGAUCCUAACAAGGUGAAGAGGAAAUUUUCGUCGUUCUUCAAGAGUCUGGUAAUCGAAUUAGAUAAGGAUUUGUACGGGCCCGACAAUCAUUUAGUAGAAUGGCAUCGCACGUUAACGACCCAAGAAACUGACGGUUUCCAGGUCAAGAGACCUGGGGAUAAAAAUGUCCGGUGCACAAUUCUCCUAUUACUGGACUAUCAGCCCUUGCAGUUCAAACUGGACCCCCGCCUCGCUCGAUUACUUGGAGUUCACACUCAAACCCGACCAGUAAUCAUCUCUGCUUUGUGGCAAUAUAUAAAAACCCACAAACUUCAAGAUGGUCACGAAAGGGAAUAUAUCAAUUGCGAUAAAUAUCUGGAACAAAUUUUCACUUGUCCGCGAAUGAAAUUUGCAGAAAUUCCGUCACGCUUGAAUCCACUGCUUCAUCCCCCAGAUCCUAUCGUCAUCAAUCACGUUAUUAGUGUUGAAGGAACCGAAACUAAGCAAACGGCUUGCUACGACAUUGACGUGGAAGUUGAUGAUACAUUAAAAACACAAAUGAACAACUUCUUGCUCUCAACGGCAAGUCAGCAGGAGAUUCAAAGCUUGGACAACAAAAUUCACGAAACGGUCGACACCAUCACACAGCUGAAAACGAAUCGGGAGUUUUUCCUAAGUUUUGCCAAAGAUCCGCAGCAAUUCAUCAACAAGUGGAUCAUAUCACAGACGAGAGACCUGAAAACGAUGACGGAUGUGGUAGGAAACCCAGAGGAAGAAAGGAGAGCCGAAUUUUAUUUCCAACCCUGGGCUCAAGAAGCCGUUUGUCGGUAUUUCUACACGAAAGUACAACAAAAGCGGGCGGAACUCGAACAGGCACUUGGUAUACGGAACUCAUAAAUUUAAGAACAAGUUUACAAUGCAAUGUCAACAGUAUUUUCUACUGGCGUUCACCGAUUACACAUAUUCAAUACGAUUACUUUUCUUCAAUGGAAAUAACGAAUCUUUCUCAAUUUUGGACUUGAAUCGAGAAUAUUUAUUUAGUUAUUUGACUGGGGUGAUUGUACUUCAAAAAAGAAAGAGCGGCGUGUGUCAGUGGUAAUCUUUGUAUAAUCAACUUCAAAGGAGAACCCUUUUGUAGAUUAUUUCGUAAAUCAAUUACUUUAUAUGAUCUAACUUGUAAUUUUAUGAUGAUGAUGAUGAUUAUUAUUAUUAUUAUUGUUAUUAUUAUUAUUAUUAUUAUUAGUAUUAGUAUUAUUCUUUCAUGGAAUCAUACGACUGAUAAAAUUGUCCGUGCACUUGUGUUUUAUGAAUGAAAAUAGAAAUGCGUGUUUAUCAAUUUUUUAUUAGAAGAUUUACUUAAAUGAAAGUGCUUGAAUAUAGGCGUCUCAGACUUAUUAAUAAAGCGAGUUUUCAAAUAAUAAUUAAGUCUGUAGAUGGAUCAGAAAGAAAAAUAUACAUUGUACACUGUA